GGUCGGCCGGCUCUGCUCAGAUCUUGACCCGUAUGUGUUUGUUUCUCAAACCACCCACAUUCAUUUGCCGCGUGUCGCAUGCUAUUGUUUUCAGGUCACUCGUUAUACGCAAGUAUCCAUUUUUGUUCUUUCCAGCGGUUUUCAUGCCCGUCGCUGUGGUCUCACAACAAUGAGCGAUGCCAAGUACCCAAAAUCAGCCUCGCGGGACACCAGAUGGGUAGAGGGUCUUCGUGGGAUGGCCGCCGUCUUUGUGAUGACUUCGCACUUAGCCUUAUCAUACGCCGACUUCUUAGAGGCUGCUCGCUCGAAGAAUCAGCCACCGCGCUGGUACAACAUGCCGUUCAUUCGAGUCAUUUUUGAAGGCUCGCCCUGGGUUUCCGUUUUUCUAGUACUGACUGGUUUCGUCAAUGCCUUGAAACCCAUCAAGCAGACACGUGCUGGCCAUGUGGAUGCCGCCCUUUCAGACCUUGCAAGUUCUUGCUUUCGCAGAUCUUUACGACUUAUGCUGCCGUGUACCAUCGCAACGUUCCUUGCUUGGAUCCUUGCCGAGACGGGAGGGUUCCAAACAGGCCGAAUGGUGAUGUCGCACUGGCUAGUUACGACAUGUGCUAAGCCAAGCGGUGGUUUGUGGUUAGCCAUCGGAACGCUAUUUCGAGCCAUAAUGGACACCUGGUCGUGGAACAACAACGAGAUAGAGAGAAACCAAUGGGCUAUGCUCUACUUUCUCAAAGGCGCGAUGGCAGUUUAUGUCUUCCUGCUAGCCACCCUGAAAACUAGGGCAACAUACAGGAUGUAUCUUGCAGCCGGAUUGGUUGCGUAUGGUUGGCGAGGUCUUGAUGCAUACAUAUUUAUGCCUAUAUUUACCGGAGUCCUGCUCGCAGAAGCCUCUCAAACAGCCACAGUACACGCAUUUAUGAGCUCGCGUUCGAUACCCCUCCGUAUCCUGCCCUACAUGGCUCUCCUCUUCGGCUGGUACUGCAUGUCCUUUCCCAACCGCUUCCCAAACCGCAUGCCGUGGUCUGAUAACAUGCUCAACUUUGCUUUGAAUUCCUUCCCGGAAAACAGUGACAUCCACGCGUACUAUAACCAGAUUGGGGUCACGUUCGUGAUAAUGGCUAUCACCUUCUCGCAAAGCUUGCAGCGUUUCUUCAACCUGCGUCUGUUCCAAUGGCUCGGUGCCAGGAGCUUUCCCAUCUACCUCGUCCACGGACCGGUGCUGCGAAGUUUCUUGAACUGGGUGCUUUUCGCUGGAGAGAAGGUCCAGUGGGUUGAGGAAGUUGACAAGGAGGGGAAAGUCCUCGGCCUGGUACCCAUGUUUGGAAUUCCGCCGGGUGCAAAGUUCCUAUGGGCUCUGCCGCUGUUCCUGGUGGCGACCCUGGUUUUGGCGGAUCUGUGGUACAGGCACGUGGAACCGCCUUGUGCCCAAGCCACCAAGUGGAUCGAAGAGAGGAUGCGCUCCAAUGUGAUUCAGUCUGCACGAACCGAGAAACCAUCCACGCCAGAGUUGUCACUGAGUGAGGCACAUUUUGGUAGCCCGCUAAGCCGAGCAACAACGCCGAUGAAUGAGGUUGACUUUGUUCUUCCUAGAUAAUUCUGGAACACUUGUUGAUGUUGUAACUGAAUAGCAUAGCGAUGGAGAAGGAAAAAAAAAUUCAAAAAUGUCUAUAUUGAGCAUUUGAUAUACACUAUCCUUUAUCCAGGAUCUAUUAU